AUGGUUGAGAUUUUUGAUCCUAGCAAGGGCAGAUUCAUUGUACAAGACUUGGUUGGCGAAGUGUCUCUCGGUGCCGUGGAUGUUGAGUGCAUCUUGGCCUUGGAGAACCAUGGACUGUCGGUAGAAGGUAUUCUCGGUGAGGAAGGUGAGGAUGUUAAAGAUCGAGUGCCGCCUCAAUUCCUGAGCAAGACCACAGGUAACAUAGUCAUCGAUGAUCUGAUUGUGGACAUCAUAAAAAAUAAAUCCGCCGACGACGAUUUCCUUCGGAGAGUUGUCCUCGUGUUGCUUGGAACAGUUCUUGCUCCCAUGUCGAGCAAGACUGUACCAAAGCAAUAUUACGCAUUGGUGGACGAUGUGAAGCGUAUAUCCAAGAUUAAUUGGAAUGCAUUCACCCUCCGGUACCUGUACUGGGAGAAGGUUCAGCCUCUGGAAGGUGAAUGCGCAUUCAAUCCUAGCUUGUCCAUGGAACCUCUAAUGAGGAAUUGGACUGAAGCUACAGCCUCAAGGAGAGACAAGUUUGAUUAUGACCACGGUCGUGGCCGUGGUAACAUCAAGAUUGAAGACAACAUAACCAAGGAGUAUAGGGCGCAGGAGCACAAAGUACCCGAACCAGAAAAGCCAAAAAUGAAGCCUGCCGUUGGUGCGGCAAAGAAGUCCAAAUUGUUAGAGAAGUUGAACCAAAAUGGUGUGAUGUACAAGCCAGCGGCUGCUGCGGCUUCCGGCAACAACGAUGCCGACCUAGAAGUGGAUUCCUUUGAGAAUGGUCCGCCAGAAAAAAAAGAAUUCAUGUACAAGGAUGACUCUGACGGUCUAGAGCCGGUGAUUGAUUUGACACAGCCUGACGAGCCUGUUGUAAACCAGAACAACGAUGAUGAGGAAAAAACACCUGCCAAGUUAAAUGUUGACAGGACAACGAAGCCUACUGAUGAGUGCGGCGCAACACCGGAGAACCCUUGGAUUGUAGGUAAUUCUCCUCGAGCAGAAUCGUCCGACAUUAACAUUUCUGCAAGUUCUAUCGACAGGAUGGUGGGUAAGAGCAAGGGGAAAAAGUCUGCAGCAACCGCAAAAGAAGACGAUGUUAUAUCCGGGAAGCGCCGGCGGACUGUUCCCAAGAAAUUUGAAUCCCCCUUUAAACUUGACAAGCCCGGCAAGCAAAGCGCUCGCGCUCUGUUUAGUGACAAUGACAUGGAAGGCUCUGUUAAGGAUGAUUUGACACCGGAACUCAUCGAUGCUGCUGUUGCGUUUGUGGAGGCAGCUGCUCGGUCUGAGAAGAAUAUGACAAAAAGAGUUUACUACAAUGAACGUGGCACCUCUGUGACUGUGGAGAGUAUACGACCGAUUAUCGAUGCUUAUCAGACACAUUUGGCUCUGCGCGUUGGUCAUGAUCGGCACCUCUGUCCAGCCUGGAGGUCCAAAUACCUUGUUGAUCGUGCUAAGGCACGAGACAACCCUAAACCGUCGAAAUACAACAUGGAUAGUGCGCUGAGCAGAGCUGGAGCAGUAUGUAGGGUUCUGGACGAGUAUACCGUCCGUGAUAAGUCGUUUAUCCCGUUGAACGUCGGCAAUACACACUGGAUCACCGUGGUGAUGCACAACCUCAAGAAAGAAUUCCGAGUUUUUGAUUCGCUCUAUUCUCUCGAGUUCUCUCUCGACAGUGUGAAAGCACUGCGACUAGCAAUAGCAAUUGAUAUGGAAGAGGCAAACCGUAUUACACCUGGCAAAUAUCCAGACGUCACUAAGUGGCCUAUCAUACCUCAGAUCGACAUGCCACUACAAGAGGACGGGAACUCUUGUGGCCUUUUUGUGAUUGAAGUUAUGGAGCGUUGGGACGGGGAUCGAUGGACCGCCGAUUUUACCCAAGGCACGGUUAAUGCAAGGAGAAGGCGUCUCGUCGCCGAGUUGGUUCUCUCACCUACCAACACGCUUGAAUGUGUGAAGAACAAAAUCCGCGACAUCGCAAAGAAAAGCAAGGCGUGA